AUGUUGCUUAAUACUUUGUCUGUAUCCAUCAAACUGCUCGUGCUAUCAACACUUUUGGAAGUUUGUCACUUCAGUCAAUUCGAACGCAAGUCGACUGAUUUGGAGCGUCUGCAUCGUCCCCGCGACGCUCGUGCUCUGUCUGCAGAAGAUUCAGCCCACAAGGACCUCAGUUCAGGCAGUGGAAGAAAGUCUGCUUCAAACGACUACUCGGCUGUUUGUCAUCUACAGCUGGAAUGCGCCCAGAACCAGUUAGCAAGACACCGAAUCCGAGUGCCCGUGAAGUCGGCAAGAGGACCUCCGGGGCCACCAGGGCCACAGGGCGAAAGGGGUCCUCAGGGGCCUGUGGGCCCGGCAGGGCCGAAAGGUGAUUAA